AGUAUUCGUAGUGCUUCUGUCUGAUCAGGUUGUGUGCUGUGUGUGGUGUACGCUGUGUUGUGUCUCUCCUCUACAUUGCCUUCCUAUCCGUUUCUUUUUUUUUCCUCUUCUACCUCUCCACACUGUCCCAUCGCUCCCUUCUGCCGCCACUGCUUACAUCUUGCCAUGGUAUUGUGGCGCCUGUGUAUGACGCGGCGGCUGUAGCGAUGUGUGUGCGCGCGCGCGCGCUCGCUCGCCUUCUCGCUUUGUAAUUUUACGGGGCCCGAGUAGUGUGUUUGCAUUUCUCAACUUAUUUUUUUUUUGUUGUGUUGCCCUCAUCCACACACCCGCCCAGCACCAAUUUCUUGCGUGCGUGUGUUGUGUGUUGGUGGCUUUUUCAAAAGAAGGUGUGCGUGUUGUGUGCCAAUGUGUGUACUUUAAUUAUGGAAAAUUUAAGAAAAAGCCGCACUCUGUAGAGCCUCCCUUAUUAUCGAAGCUUCUGGAUCCGAGCAGCUUUUUUUUCACAAGCCAGCUUCAGCACAGCCAGAAGGGAAAAAAAACAUGGCGGCUUCGCUGGGCAGACAAUAUUGCUGCGUCACGCGAGCACAAACGCGCGCGUCACACACCGAAAAGUGCUCAUUAUUUUCGAGUUUGUUGUGAGGUUUUUGUAGUCGAAACCCGUGUUCCGGUUUUCUGGCGGGAAUCGAACAUCACCAUCACCACCACCACCAUCGCCAUUUCGUUCGUGCGUGUGCGAGAGAUGUCAGAUGAUUUUUUUUUGUUCAUACUGCUGCUGCUGCUGCUGCUGCUACUCUUCACAUUGGUAAAGUGCGUGUGAUAUGGGUGAAAAUAAUACACCACCACACCUCUAAGCGCGUACAAACCACCGCCGAACGAACACACACGCGAAAGGCCACGUAACGAAGGGUGUGGUGGUGGUUCGAUUUCUCUUCUCCCCGGCCAUCCCUUUCCUGCUCUCUUCGCAGCAGCGCUCUGUGUGCUGCUGGCGUGGUGUGAAGUGGGUAUCCUUGUGUAGUGCUGCAUACCGUGUGUGUGUGUGUGUGUGUGUGUGUGUGUGUGUGUGUGUGUGUGUGUGUGUGUGUGUGUGUGUGUGUGUACGUGCAUGCGUGCGCGUGUGUGUUUAAUGAGAAGUGGCUGCUUUUACCUGUCUCCUUCUCUCUCUUUCUCUUCCUCUAUUUUCAACACCCGUUUUCUGUCUCGCUCUUCUGGCUGACAUUUCGAGUCGAGUUUUGACAGCAGCAGCAUCCAAGCGAGCGACGUACGAGUGUGGUGUGUUGUGGAGCAUUUUCUCCAUUUUUGUGUUGGUGGAGUUCCCCCCCACCCCCUCUUCUCUUGUUUGUGCUUUGACGCACACGCACGUUAGUGUGGUUUGUUUUAUGCUCGUUGCGUGCGUCGUGUGUCUGUGUUCUGCGUAGUGAAAUGGAGAUGUUAAGAUUAGAAGCAGUACGCUCUGCUGUGUAAAUCGCGUGCACGCAACACACAAACGCACGCAAGCAAAGCCCCUGUACGGCCGGUCUUUUUUCUUUGGCGUCGCGGCGUUUGUUUGCUGUGUUGCAUGCAUUUGUGUGAGAAAAUAGAGAACUACACCCAAAGGAAAAGAAUUUACCCCAGUGUGCUGUAACACAUCCACAGUGGUCGGUCGUGCGAGGCAAAAAGUGACAUUUGAGCAUCGAUGCGGCAGCCUACAACAGAGAGAGAGAGAGCGUGAUAGUGCGAGUGCGCGCCGCUCUUGUUUUUUCUCGCUCGCUCGCUCGCUCAUGCACGUCACGCCGUACAGCAAACUGUUCAAACUCAGAGCUCUCGCUCCACAGUGCAAACAGCAGCAGCACGUACUCUGUUGUGUGUAGAAGGUUUCAUUUUUUUUGCUUUCAUAAAGCAUUUUUUGUGUGUUCUUCAAUUCUAACACCUUCCAAAGUCUGGCUGGAUCGAAACGGAGUGUGUUAGUGCGCUCCUGUUUUACCAGAGUAAAGCGCACGCCGCUCUCGCUCUCUUUCUCGCUCGCACACCCAUUUGGCGUUGUUUGCACAAACCACCAGCAGCAGCAGCAGUAGGCCUGCCUGUGAGGCCUGUUCGUCGAAAGAAGCGAAGCCGUUGCCGUGCUGCUGUGAAUGGAACGAAAAUAAAAUGGCGGCCCCAAGGCGGCAUCCACAACACCAGUGCAAACAUUAGUGAAUGGAUCGUGUUUUAUCGGAUGGUGAAGCGAAAAUCGACAAAAAUCGUGUGCGUGUCCCCCCCCUCCCGCUCAGAAGAUUUCUUAAUCGCUCGAGUGUGUCCCAACAGUCGGUGACAGGUCAGUCGGGGUGAUCAAAACCGUCAAACGGAAGUGGUACGAUUGCCGUACAAUCAUCGGUACACCGUUUGCUAAAUGCCAAACCCGUUGGCAGUAACGUUUCCGUCGGCGGAAGUGUAGCGCAAAGAAAACAACAAAAAAACGUAACAUUUUUACAAUGGAAUAAGUGUGUUUAGAAGCAGCAACAGCGAGGGAAGGCAAACGAUUGUAAAGUUCUGUAAGAAAGUGAAAUAUUUAGCACCCAACCAACCAACCCCUCCUAACGUAUCUAGUGCCCGGUUUUUGUACCGAAACGGGGUCGUUGGCGCCAACAGCAGCGAUAGCCGCCAGAAAGAGUGUGUGUGUGUUUGUGUGUUCGUUCGUGUGGUGUUGUGGAAGGUUUUUGUGAGCCAAUUUGUGCAGUGUGCCAGUGUGUUCCGUGGGUGAGGCAGAUUGCAGUGCCCCAGAGAGUGUGUGUGCCGCACACAAACAAACACCACGCCAGGCGGUUAGAUAAGGGGGCAACGCUUCUUGUUGUCAUCCUCUCCUUCCUCCCACAGCACUCCCGGCCAGGGGGUUGGUACAAGUUAAAAGGGAACAACUAGAAAGAAACAACUCGCGCCCAAAAUGUGUGCAGCGCAGACGAACGCACCGGCCAGCUUUAACUACACCUGGGGCUUUACGGAGAACCCGCGCCCCGACUCGGUGGUGGAGAUCAGCCCAAACAUCAACUACACCGUGGGCGAUGGAACAACGACGAUGCCAUACUUGCAGCUUCCGGACGGGGCUAGCAUUUUACUGAAGGAUGGGAAAGGUUCCAUCUCGCACGCCGGCGGCAAAAGCGUCCGGCGGAUGAUCGUCGUGAACGAUGCGUCCGCCCUGCCGCAGGGAACGCAGCGGAUAAUUACCACCGGCGGUACCGCGACGGCCGUUGCCACUGGCCAUCAGAAGAAGCACGAAGUUAUAAACCAAUCCAAUACUACCACUCUAGCGAAUGGGCUGAUCGAUACGAAGACGAAGGCCAUCCUCACGACGAGCGGUGCGAGCGCGUUCAUGUCCCCGAUCGGGCCGAUCCAGCUGACGGCGGAAGAAUGCAACGACAUACUGAUGAAGCGGGCGGCCGCGGCCGUCGCUGCGAACAAUCAGCACGCCCCUAUCAACAACAACGAUGGCCAGCAUACCUCGAUUUCGGUACAGGUGCAGAAGGUGAUUCAAGGGCUGGAGGAGGGAGAUGACUCACAGGCCACCACGUCCAACCAUCAGAUGAAGAUCGAGCCCACGCUGAGCAUCUCGCCGAAGCUGGAAGCGGUCGAAAUGGAUUACAAUGAGUACGUGCAGCAGGAGGCCACCACACCGACCCCGAACGUCGUGCCGAAGGAGCGCCCGUACUCGUGCGACCAGUGCGGCAAGUCCUUCCUGCUCAAGCACCAUCUGACCACCCACGCCCGGGUCCAUACAGGUGAGAGAGAGCGGCCCCACGUGUGCGUGCACUGCGGCAAAGACUUUGCGCACAAGCACUGUCUCAACACGCACCUGCUGCUGCACUCGACCGAGCGGCCGUACCAGUGCCAGGAGUGCAAGAAGAGCUUCACGCUGAAGCACCAUCUGCUGACCCAUUCGCGGGUGCACUCGCGCGAGCGGCCGUUCGUGUGCGACCAGUGCGGCCGAUCGUUCCCGCUGAAGCGCCACCUGGUAACGCACAGCAAGUUCCAUGCCGGCGAGCGGCCGUACGUGUGCGCGGACUGUGGGGAAAGCUUUGCGCAGGACGAGCAUCUGGUGAUGCACUCCCGGUUCCACGGCUCGGUCAAUCCGUUCCACUGCCGGGACUGUGGUGCGACCUUCCCGCGCAAGUUCCAGCUGGUGAACCAUGGCAAGAUCCACGGCCGGGUGCCGCACUCGUGCACGCUGUGUGGCAAAGAGUUCCUGCAGAAGCGCACCCUAGCGGCACAUAUGAGAAUCCACACCGGCGACCAGCCAUUCCCGUGCAUUGCGUGCGGCGAGGGUUUCCGCACGAAGUCGGAGCUGAACGCACACAACCGCCACACGCACAGCGGUGUCAAUCCGAACGCGUCCAACACCACCAUCAUCACGACCAACACCGUCGUGACGUCGAACGCGCAGCAGCAGGCGCAGCAGCAGGCCCAGCAGCAGGCCCAGGUCCAGAGCCAGCAGCCGCACCAGCAGCAGCACAUCGAGGUGAAGCAGAUCCAGCACUACCAGGGCCAGCAGCAGGUGCAGGACGUGUCGAACGGUAACAUCAUCACGACGAUCGCCGCCACCGGCCAGGGCUCGCCCGAAAACGCGGGCAAGCCGCAGUUCGCGUGCCGCGAGUGUGGCAGCGCGUUCAACAGCCGGGAAGCGCUGGCACUCCAUCUGCGCCUGCACACCGGCGACAAGAGCCUUAUGACGGACCUGUGUGCGCUGACCGCGGCCCUGCCCGGCCACCUGUUUCCGGCCGUCAAUCAAGAUAUGAAAGUAGAAGAGUACCAUCCGAUGGUUGAGACCGUGGUGAACGGUGGUGACAGCGCGAUCAUGGCGACCAACAACCCCAUAAUACAAAACUCUUCCUUUCCAGUACAAAUAAUUACCUCCUCGGGGCAGGUGGUGCAGCAGAUACAACCGCAAAGCCCUCCCCAGCAGCACCAGCAACAGCUGCAACAGGCGCAGGUUGUGCAGCAGCACCAAACCGUCGUACAGCAGCAGCAGCAGCAAAACCAGCAGCAACAGAUCCAGCACCAGCAGCAGCAGCAACACCAGCAGCAGCAGCACCAGCAGCAGCAGCAGACGAAACCGAAAUCCCAUUACUGCACCCACUGCGGCAAGGGUUUUGCGGCCAAGCACGGACUGUUGCUGCACAACCGCCGCCACCCGAACGGUGGCUGCACGGUGCGGACGCACGUGUGCGAGUGCGGUAAGGCGUUCUUCCAGAAGAACCAUCUGAUGCUGCACCAGCGCCAGCAUCUGGAGCAGAAUCAGCGCAGUGGUGGUGGCGGGGCGGCUGGUGGUGCCGGUGGGCAGCAGCAAGCGUCCGCCGGACAGCAGCAGCUCGUUGUGAUUCAACAACCCAACCAGGAUUCGUUGGUGCAACAGCAGCAGCAGCAGCAACAGGCUGCAGCAGCCGCUGCCCAGCAACAGCAGGCACAGCAGGCUGCGGCUGCCGCUGCCCAGCAGCAGCACCAGCUGCAGCAGCAGCAAGCGCAACAGCAGGCCGUUGCAGUCCAGCAGCAGCAACAGCAGCAACAGCAACAGCAGCAACAGCAGCAACAACAGCAGCAGCAGGGCCAGAACAAUCAGCAUGCCAUGCGCAAUCUGGUCAUUGCGAAUCAGCCCGUGCAGGUAUCUUAUGUCCUGGAGGGUAACACGACCCAGGUGAUCAAGUACGAGAUCAUUCACGACACGUCGCGCCAGUCGAACGUCGAGUGAGAAGAGGCGAUGCUCCGUAUAACCAAACCGGACGGUACGGAGGAAAUGAAGAAGGUAUUCAUACUGAAGAACGAGAUGGGAUGAAAUUUGCUUCACAGUGGUGGCCCUGCUACUAGUGCCGCUGCUGUCGCUGCCGCCCCCGCCACUGCAACCGGUGUGGUUGUGGCCACAGCCUCCCACGCCUCCGCCACCGCACCGUCCAGCAGUGCGGCAGCCACCGUAUCGACAGCGGCUGGUGGUGGUGGUGGUGGUGGUGGUGCUGGAAGUCAGAUGGGAGAAAAUCAUCAUCAGCAUCAUCAUCACCAUCCCCACCACCACCAUCAGCAGCAUCAGCAAGCGCUGGUGGAGGGCGCUGCGGAAGGAGGUGGCGGAGAGCAACGUAGUGGUGGAGGCGGAGGCAGUCACUAUAUGGUGACGCAGCAGCAGCAGCAUCAACAGCAGCAGCAGCAGCAGCACCAUGCAGCAGCAGCGGUUGUAGUACCGGGGGUCAUUGAGGAGUCAAAUGAGGACGACAAGAGUAGCAUCAUAAUUAAUCAUUCGCAUCAGCAACACCAUCAUGCGUCCCAGCAGCAACACCAUCAGCAACAACAACAGCAACAUCACUACCAAUCGCAGCACCAUCAGCAGCGCCAGCAGGAGGUAGUGGUGUCGGUCGGGCAGGCGGCAAGCUUGAUCUCGCCGAGCGAUCAUCAUAACUACGCGGCAACGGUCACCGAUACGCGCCUUGUGUCGACCAGCACCAGUGCCACCUACCACACCUACCAUCAUCAGCAACAGCAGCAGCAUCAACAGCAGCAGCAUCAACAGCAGCAGCAGCAGCAGCAGCAUCACCAUCAUCAUCAGCAUCAUCAUCAUACCUCCGUAGUGACGCUGCAAUCCGGUGGCACCACAGCUGCCGGUGGUGGUGCUGAUGGGAGCGGCGGACCAGGCGUUCAAGAUCAGCGCCAUCUGCAGGACGUAAAGCAUGAAAAGCUGUAAGAGAGAGAGAGCAUUAUUAGAAGAUAUGAGGUAUGCAAAUGUGUGCAUACGAGUUGUAGGUAAUGUAAAAAAGAGAAGGCGAGAGAGUACCGUUUAGAAAGUCUUUUAGUGUACGUUGAGGAUGGGGUAGUAAGUUGGCAGACAAAACGAUCCGCCAAGCUUACGACAAGCAUAACCCAAAACUGAGUGCGCCACCGCUACAAACACACACACAUCGGCGUGUGGUUGAAUCGGUUUAUUUUAUUGCUUGCUGCUGUACGUUCCGAGGUGAAGUUUGAACAAUCUUCUAUAUUUUAUUACUUUAAUUCGAGCUUUUUUUUCCUAUUCGAUAACUACCACUAUAUUGCGUUAUGUAAAUCAAUCCAGUGCACAUAGCAGA